UCAAAACGCUCAAACCCAUCAUAAUAAACACAGAUCAGAAAACAGGGUUACGAUCUGAAUUAUAAUCGGUAAUAUUUUCUACUUCGCCGGAGAAGACGACGACAAUGGGGAAGGGCGGCGCAUUGAGCGAAGGAGUCCUGAAGAAGAUAAUGCUAUCCUAUUUCUAUGUUGCGAUCUGGAUCUUCCUAAGUUUCACGGUCAUCGUCUACAACAAGUACAUUCUCGAUCGCAAAAUGUACGAUUGGCCAUUUCCCAUCUCUCUCACCAUGAUCCACAUGGCAUUCUGUUCCUCCCUCGCAUUCCUCCUCGUCCGUGUCUUCAAGAUCGUUGAACCAGUCUCCAUGUCUCGCGACAUGUACCUCAAAUCCGUCGUUCCUAUAGGCGCUCUGUAUUCCCUAAGUCUCUGGUUCUCCAAUUCCGCUUACAUUUAUCUUUCCGUUUCGUUUAUUCAGAUGCUCAAGGCAUUAAUGCCAGUAGCAGUUUAUUCAAUCGGAGUCAUGCUGAAGAAAGAUCAGUUCAAAUCAGAUACAAUGAUGAACAUGGUUUCAAUCUCUGUCGGUGUUGCUAUUGCUGCAUAUGGGGAGGCUAAAUUCGACGGCUUGGGUGUAUCCCUUCAACUUGGUGCAGUGGCGUUUGAGGCGACUCGAUUAGUUAUGAUCCAAAUUCUAUUGGCAUCAAAGGGUAUUACGUUGAAUCCAAUCACUUCUUUGUAUUAUGUUGCUCCUUGUUGUUUGUUUUUUCUGUCUGUUCCUUGGAUGGUUGUGGAGUUGCCUUUAUUGAAGAAGACUUCUAGUUUCCACUUUGAUCUUGUUAUAUUUGGAACCAAUUCGUUUUGUGCAUUUGCUUUGAACCUGGCUGUGUUUUUAUUGGUGGGGAAGACGUCUGCAUUGACGAUGAAUGUGGCUGGAGUUGUUAAGGACUGGCUGCUGAUUGCAUUCUCGUGGUCGGUAAUAAUGGAUACUGUCACGCCUGUGAAUUUGAUUGGGUAUGGACUCGCCUUCUUGGGAGUAGCUUACUAUAACCAUGCGAAACUUCAGACGCUCCAGGCGAAGGAGGCACAAAAGAAGGCUGAAUUGCUUGAUAAGGAAGCCGCAAAGUUGUUGGAGGAAGGUGAACAUGGAGAUAAUGCUGCUUCGCAGAAUUGAUUCGAUAGACAUAUAUAUAUUUACAUAUAGAGGAAGCAGAAGAAGAGAGAACAUUGUUCAUUGCUUACAUUAGUGGUGAAUGUUCAUUUCCAUACUUGGUUGAAAAGAAAGUAAGCUUCAUUUACAGUUCCAUUCCAUGAAAGGUAGCCUUUUAAUAUGACAGAGUUAUUAUACAUACAAUUAAUGGUUAUGGAUUUUAAUGUUCCAUUGAAUCAAUCUUUCUUUUUUUCUUUACAUUUCUUUCUUCCACAAUGUCUAGAUCAUAUU